AUUACGUGUUGAGCUUGGUUGAGUUUGAGGCGCUGAUGCACCCCAGCAAGGAUGAAGACCUCAUGAAACUCGAACUGGACGAAAUACUCAACGUGAGCGACCGACCGACCGAAAGCACAGAUGCAGCGACACAAAGGCGCACUUGGUUGUUUCCUCUAUGCAGGCACAAGAUAAGGACUAUGACAGGAAAAUCAGCUGGGAGGAAUUCAGGAGCGACCAGGGUCGGCCAAGCAAGGCAGUUUUUCGCCCGUGUGCAGGAUGUUGCAUGUUCCCUCUCUGUCUGUCUCCCCGGCGAAAGUAGGCAGGCACGGAUGGAAAGGCGAAGGUGAGGAGCCCCAUGGUGCCUGUGUGUGUGUACGUCAGGUUGCGAUGGGAAGCUCGUGUGCCACGGUAGCUGCCGGAAGCUUCCGACGCGGAAGUGUCUGCCAUCAACGAAAUUUCCCUUCAAGUGCAGGCAAGUCUCCCCAGGUGGCUCUCAUCAUUGAAUCGAUUGCUGCCCCAAUGUAAUCCAAAUCUGUGCAGCUGCAAGUUUGUGGGGCUGGCCCUGGCGCAGGCCAAGAAGUGAAACAAUCGAUGAACCAGAUGACGACCUCACUGCGCACUCAACGGCCGUGACGCGUGCAUGUUUGCUGACGCUCGCCUUUCUGUCUGAAUCGUCAUGCGUCG